AUGCCAGAACCAACACCACACCUAACACAAAAGCAAAACCUGCUCUCAAAAGGCUUGUACAUAUUCUAUUCCUACCCACUGCCCCCAAUUUUUCUUCAACAAGCUCCAGCCCCAAUGCACCAAAGAGGUCCAUACCGAUGA